GCUGAGCUGAGCUGAGCUGAGCAGGACACACACACGGACACCACCGGAGGACUCUGUGUGCACAUGAUGAAGUCUGUCCUCUGCAGCCUGCUGUCCUGCGCCUCUCUGCUGCUGUCUGAUGUCCUGGCCACAUACCACCUCAGUGUGGGGGACCCUCAGCUCAUCUCCGCGCAGAGCUUCGCACAGAGCAGGACCAAUGGCAGACCACCGCUCAGGACCCUCAAUCCUGCAAAGACAGACUCUCAGUGCAGGAGCCGGCCCCUGGACCUGGUCUUUAUCAUUGACAGCUCUCGCAGUGUGCGCCCCGGCGAGUUUGAGAAGGUGAAGAUAUUCCUGGCUGACAUGGUCGACACGUUGGACGUGGGCUCGGAAGCCACCAGAGUGGCUGUGGUCAACUACGCCAGCACGGUCAAGAUCGAGUUCCUGCUCAAAAACCACUUCAACAAACCAGACAUGAAGAAAGCCAUCUCCCGCAUCGAGCCCUUGGCGGCUGGCACCAUGACCGGCCUCGCCAUCAAGACCGCAGUUAACGAAGCCUUCACCGAGCAGUCUGGGGCCCGGCCGCGCUCCAGGAACAUCUCCAAAGUGGCCAUCAUAGUGACAGACGGGAGACCUCAAGACCAGGUGGAGGAGGUGUCAGCUGCAGCUCGGGCCUCAGGUAUUGAGAUCUAUGCUGUCGGGGUGGACCGUGCUGACAUGCGCUCCCUGCAGCUGAUGGCCAGCAUCCCUCUGGAUGACCACGUCUUCUAUGUGGAGACCUAUGGCGUUAUCGAGAAGCUCACCUCCAAGUUCAGGGAGACCCUGUGCGGUGUGGACCCCUGCGCCAUGGGACACGACUGCGAACACAUAUGCGUCAACAGCAAUGCCUCGUAUUACUGCCAGUGCCGGAACGGUUAUAUCUUGAAUGCGGACAAGAAAACAUGUUCCCUGAAACAGGUGAAGGCGGUGGUGGUGGAGGAUCCCUGUAAAUGUGAAGCCAGGCUGGCUUUCCAGAAGCAGACACAGGCCGCCCUCCAGCAGCUCACAGCCAAGCUAUCCGAUGUGUCUGGGAGAAUCGAGCGUCUGGAGAACAUGGUGGGCCGUGCUUAAAGCUGCACACUGUGAGACAGCUCGCCGGUUUACAUCCUGGACGUGGACAUGUGUUUCCUGUCAUCCACCCUCCCAGAACUACUGUAUGGACUUCGACCACAGAUGGAGUGAAGCUGUGAUUCCCCAUAGUUACUGACUGUAGUGACUGAUGAGUAACAAUAUCUGUUGUUGAAUGUGGGCAUUAAAUGUUAUGUAACCAAAGAAAACAAGUAUUAUUUUCAGUAUUUCUCAUGUACUGUAUCAUGUGUGUUUUGUGUUCUGUUUGUACAAAUUUGCAUAUUGUAUAUAGUUUUUUUUAAAGAAUAUCAUUGUAUUUACUUAGUAACCGACUUUAAUAGAAAAAUGACUUUUUUGCUAUGAAGCAUUCAGCCAGUAAAAUGUUUCCAACUUUAAAUAUUUUUGCUUAUUUUUUAUUAUAUACUCUCAUUUUCAACAAUUUAAUCAUGGAAAGUUUAAUUGUUACAGGUUGUUUCAUGAUGAUAAAUGUUAAAUUUGUGUGUCUGUGAAUGUUAUCAGAUGACAUGUAACCAAGCACAUAAAUUGGGCAAUAAAGUAAUCACUACAGAGGG